AGAAGUGAAGAAAGAUCUGAGGAGAAGCGACCGCGUCUCUUUAACAUGUUCUCUGUUUACCUCACAGCUUCUCUCUGAGGACGAACGGAAGCGUUAGUUUGAUAGUCCGGUGCUGUGUAAGGAUACAUGAUGCCUGUGUUGGUGGUUCUGCUGGUGUUUGGUUUAUUAGCGGCGGAUGGAGCGUCGCUCUCCGGCGGUGUGUUCACUAACCACUGGGCUGUGAGGAUCCGAGGAGGAGCCCAACAAGCUGAUCAACUCGCUUCUAAAUAUGGUUUUACUAACCUGGGUCAGAUUGGUGGACUGGAGGACCACUACCAUUUCCAUCACAGUCAUGUGGUGCGUAGAUCUACUUUUGCCACCAGAGGCAAACACAGGUUCAUCCAGCUGGACCCCAAGGUCGACUGGGUCCAGCAGCAGGUAAUAAAGUCUCGAGUGAAACGCUACACCCCGACCGACCCCGACUUUAUCUACUUCAACGACCCCAAGUGGUCCAACAUGUGGUACAUCCACUGCAGUGAUAAAAACAGCCGCUGUCGAUCAGAGAUGAACAUCCUGGCAGCCUGGCAGCGCGGCUACACCGGCCGGAAUGUGGUCGUUACCAUCCUCGAUGAUGGGAUAGAGAGGAACCAUCCUGACCUGGCCCAAAACUAUGAUCAACUGGCCAGCUACGACGUGAAUGGGAACGACCACGACCCGACGCCGCGGUACGACUCCAACAACGAAAACAAGCAUGGAACCAGAUGUGCAGGAGAGGUGGCAGCUGUAGCCAACAACUCGCACUGCAUCGUGGGUAUCGCCUACAACGCCCGCAUUGGAGGCAUUCGGAUGCUGGAUGGUGAUGUGACGGAUGUGGUGGAGGCGAAGGCUCUGGGAAUCCGGCCCGACUACAUUGACAUUUACAGCGCCAGCUGGGGACCGGAUGAUGAUGGGAAGACUGUUGACGGUCCGGGACCGCUCGCCAGACAGGCCUUUGAACUGGGCAUUAAAAAGGGCCGUAAGGGUCUGGGCUCAAUCUUUGUUUGGGCGUCUGGAAACGGCGGUCGUCUGAAAGACCACUGCUCGUGUGAUGGCUACACCAACAGCAUCUACACCAUCUCGGUCAGCAGCAGCACGGAGAGCGGGAACAAGCCCUGGUACCAGGAGGUGUGCUCCUCCACCAUGGCCACCACCUACAGCAGCGGAGAUUACUACGACCGCCAAAUAGUUACGACGGACCUGCAUCAGCGCUGUACAGACCGCCACACUGGGACCUCAGUGUCUGCACCAAUGGUUGCUGGUGUUAUUGCUCUGGCACUGGAGGCCAAUCCUUUAAUUAGUUGGAGGGACGUUCAGCACCUACUGGUGAAGACGUCCAGACCAGUUCAUCUGAAAGCGAGUGACUGGAAGACCAAUGCAGCAGGACACAAAGUCAGUCAUCAUUAUGGUUUCGGGUUGGUGGAUGCGGAGGCCAUGGUGGUGGAGGCCAAGAAAUGGAGGAACGUUCCAGCUCAGCACAGCUGUGCACAGAUGUCAGAUCGUAGAGCUCGGUACGUCCGACCCAACCAGAAACUGAACGUCACCAUAAGCAGCUCAGGCUGCAGCAGCCGGCCGGAGCAACACGUGCUCCUCCUGGAACACGUCGUGGUUCGAGUGUUCAUUGUUCACCCACGCCGAGGAGACCUGGAGAUCAGCCUCAUCUCACCAUCAGGAACUCGCUCACAGCUUCUCUCCAGAAGGUUGUUUGACAGCUCCAGCCAGGGAUUCGUUAACUGGGGGUUCAUGACGGUGCACUGCUGGGGGGAGAGAGCCGAGGGUACAUGGACCCUGGAGAUAUCAGACACGCCCUCGCGGCUACGUAACCAGGAGGUUCUGGGUAAGCUGAAGGAAUGGACUCUGAUCCUGUAUGGAACAGCAGAAAACCCUUACCAGUCUUACGCUACUCAGCACUCUCGCUCCCGAAUGCUGGAGAUCCCCAGCGCCAAGAGUCCUGAACCUUCACUCAGCGCACCCCCCCAACAUGAGAACGAGGAGUACAAUGGGCCGUGCCAUCCUGAGUGUGGUGAUCAGGGUUGUGAUGGUCCAGAUGCUGAUCACUGUCUGAACUGCAUCCACUUCAGCCUCCUCUCUUUUUGGGACAGGACGUGUGUUAGCCACUGUCCGCUGGGGUAUUACGGGGACGGCGGGGCGAGGAGGUGCCGGCUGUGUUACCGGGGCUGUGAGACGUGUGUCGGUCGAGGUGUUAGUGAGUGCAAAUCGUGUCAGAGAGGCAUGUACCUCCACUUACUGGAGGGCUCAUGUGUGGAGGCCUGUCCCGCUGGAUUUUACCAUGAUGAAGUCCACAGACACUGUGUGAGGUGCAGUGAGAGCUGUGUGAGCUGUCUGGGGGAUUCUGAUGGCUGUUUGACCUGUGCUGAAGGUUUCAGCUUAGCAGGAAUGACCUGCGUUCCUGACUGUACUAAUGGAACCUUCUUCAACCUGGAGGACAUGAAGUGCAGCUCCUGCCACUCCUCCUGCUCCACCUGCACUGGUCCAGGGUUGGAGGAUUGUCUCCACUGUGCUCGGGAUUUACUGCAGCAGGAGUGGAACUGUGUUAGGACGUGCGGCCCCGGAUACUACAAGGGGGACACCAUCGGGCUCCCUCAGAGGAUGUGUCACAGAUGUGAGGAGAACUGUGUGAGCUGUAGAGGAGCUGGAGCGAGCUGUAUCCAGUGUAGAGACGGGUACAACCUGGUUGGCAGCAGCUGUAUGAUGAACGCCACCUGUAGCAACGAGGACAAGGUCUUCUGUGACAUGGUGAAAUCCAACCGGCUCUGUGAGAAGAAAUUUUUCCGGCAGUUUUGUUGCAGAACUUGUCUGAUGAGUGGAUGAACGAAUCAGAACCAGGACGGAGCGGGACGAUCUCAAUUCUAUAGCUGUGUGUUGUCUGAUCAAUCCCAACAAACUCCUCAUUUCUAUCAAAAACAUCACCUGAGAUCAUCUGAGCGAGCUACUGGAUCAUCAUGAGAUCUUUUUACAGUUGUGUGUUUUAUAAGCUUCAUAUAGAAGAUGUAUCAUGAUGGUUUAUGGUUUAUGAUGAAUGUGAUGAAGUGAAGCUGAAGGUUCAGUGUUGUCAGUGUACACUAGUACUGACCUUCUGAAUGAUGAAAUUAUGCAAAAUAAUUGUAAACUUUUCAGAGAGAAGAAGACGGAUAAUGAAUAUACAGGGUGAGAAUGAAUGAAUAAAUUCUGAAGGAUGAGAUGAGAGGAGAUGCUUUUGAAGAUCUUGUAUCUGUAGAACAUGAACGUCAUGUUUUAAACUGCUUCUGUUCAGACGACAGAAUAAACAAAAUCAUUUUGUGCCA